AUGUGCAUAUCUGUUUUCAUCUCGCACUUGGCUAAUGUACCACUCUUCUCUUAUGCUCCCUCUUCUGCUUCCUUCGUAUCCUCGUCCGUCUAUUCUUCUAUCUACUCUUCCUUCCUUACACUCCAAAUCAUGCCUAAAAACACUGGCGCAUCAAUUUUUGGACAAGUGGACGCGCUGCCUGAGCGUCGGAUGGCUGAUAGCCUGAACUUUGAAGUCUGCUGCUUAAAUAUUACCGCAACAGGACUUUUUUCUGGUGCACAGCCUUCAUUAAGGAUUCAAACUUCAGCUUAUUUGGCCCUUAAUAAGUCCUGGAACGGAUUCCGAGUUGUCCAUGCACCGGUAGCUGGCACG